AUGUCUUCCAAACUUCACAAGCUCAAAGCAAGCGAGGCAGCGUCUCACUUACUGGAAACUUUUUCCGGCAAGUCUAUCAUCCGUCGCCAACUCAUCGACGCAAAUCAGCUGGAAAAAUUAGUAUUUACGCUGAACCGACCCAGCCUCGUCGUCCAGGGGACGCCUGUGCCCCCAGGAUAUCACCUGGUGUACUUCACACCUAACGGCACCGAGGCGGAACUUGGUGCUGAUGGAAGUGAUACUACAUUCAAUGCCUCCGCCCCUUUCACACGGAGGAUGUGGGCGGGCGGGAAGAUGACCUGGGAGAGUGACGUAUCGCUCCGUGUUGGCGAUGAGGUUGAGGAGACGACAGAACUUCUAAGCGCGACGCCAAAGAAGAGCCGAUCAGCAGGAGAGAUGGUUCUGGUGGAAGUUGAGAAGAAAUUCCGGGGUCCGAAAGGGUUGGCGUUGACGGACCGUCGGUCGUGGGUGUUUAGACCCGAGAUUGACCCCGAUACUGUGAAAGAGACGCAUAAUAAGUCUCUUGAAGAUGUCGUCCGAGGGCCGUCCUUCAUAAGAGAUCUUGAGACCAAAAGUGAAGGUCACCCUAUGAGAGAACUUUGCUGGUCACCAGUUGGUCUCUUCAGAUUCUCAGCCCUGACAUUUAAUGGGCAUAUGAUACACUACAACCAAGAUUGGGCCCAGAAUGUUGAAGGCCAUCCCGGUGAAGUUGUGCAUGGCCCCCUCAAUCUCAUCAAUAUACUAGACUACUGGCGAGAUACACAUGGCAAUGGCCAAAAACCUCGAGAUAUAGUGUACAGGGCAUUGUCGCCAUUAUAUGCUGGCCAGACAUACAAUAUUCGAACUUCAGCAACCCGCCAUGCGGAUGGUAGAAAGGCAUAUGAUGUUUCGGUAGAGAGGGACGGGACGGUUUGUAUGAAGAGUGAGAUCACAGCUUGA